UGAGUGAGAGCUUAUAAUGUCCUGCGUGUACAUAAGCGCGCGUCUGUUCUUCAGGGUGAGCUGAAUUCAGUCUGCGCGCUCCUCACAUCACGCACCUCUACACGCAUGUGAGCGCUCGAUCUUUUCCUCUCGUGCACUGACAAGAUGCGUGCUCGCGGAGUGUCUUUGUUAUUUCUGACCUUUAGCUUUCUUUUGCAUUUUCUGUGCGUACAUACAAUGUCACCUCUGUUUCCAGCAGCAUCCAAAGUUGCCAAGUCUGAUGGUCAGAGAAGAUCAAAAUACAGCAGAAGUGUAUUGUCAGCAUCACCGUUUUUUGGAAACGUACAACCACGGCGGACGAACAGAGAUUCAGUUGAACCUCACGACUACAUGAUCUCCAUCUAUAAAACUUUCUCUGCGGCUGAGAAACUGGGACUCAAUGCGAGUUUUUUUCGCUCAUCAAAAGCGGCCAACACUAUAACGAGUUUUGUGGACGAGGGUCAAGACGACCUCUUGAACUCUCCACUGUGGAGACAGAAGUACUUGUUUGAUGUAUCAACGCUUUCUGAAAACGUUGAGCUUCUGGGUGCUGAACUGAGGAUAUACACAAAGAUCUCUGGACAUUUCCGAGCGUCCGAGACGGGACCGGUUGAGAUACAGCUUCUCUCCUGUCAGACGGGGGAAGUCCUUGAUUCCAAAACUUUGGAUCUGGAGAACGCACAUAAACCAAAAUGGGAGGUAUUUGAUAUAUGGGAGAUUUUUAAGGAACGUCAUCAGCACUUUGAGGGGAGUCGCUUUUGUUUGGAGCUCAAGGCUACGCUAGACAGUCCUGAGAGAGAAAUAGACUUGCAAUAUCUUGGCUUUCACAGGUACGGUCGUCCUCAAUUAAAAAAAGCCAUACUGGUCGUUUUCACCAGGUCAAAAAAGAGACAGAGCCUUUUUUAUGAAAAGAGGGGUCCUCUGGAAACUGAAAAAGGACCUCAUUCAAAGAACAGGCGGAGGAGAAGGACCACGUUACCUAACCGGCACGGUAAAAGGCACGGUAAAAAGUCCAAAUCUAGGUGCAGCAAGAAGUCCCUGCAUGUAAAUUUCAGAGAGCUGGGUUGGGACGACUGGGUCAUCGCACCUUUAGAUUACGAAGCGUACCACUGCGAGGGCAUGUGUGACUUUCCCCUCCGCUCGCACCUGGAGCCGACCAAUCACGCCAUCAUUCAAACUCUGAUGAACUCUAUGAACCCCAGCAACAUGCCGCCUAGUUGCUGUGUCCCUUCAAAACUCAGUCCAAUCAGUAUCUUGUACAUCGAUUCAGGUAAUAACGUCGUAUACAAGCAGUAUGAGGACAUGGUGGUGGAGUCCUGUGGCUGCAGGUGAUUGUGCAACAGACUCUAUAGUUCAUUCAUUAGACUGUUGUUGGUAUUAAUGAUGUCAGACGUGUGUAACUCAAGAGCAUGAGAAGCUGCAAUAUCUUUUUGUAUUGAUGUUUUGGAUCUGUAUUUUUCAAAAUCAGAAAACUACUGGAAAAUUAAAGGGACAUUUCACUUUUUUGGAAAAUAUGCUCAUUUUCCAGCUCCCCUAGAGAUAAACAUUUGAUUCUUACAGUUUUGGAAUCGAUUCAGCUGAUCUCCGGGUCUGGUGCUACCACUUUUAGCAUAGCUUAGCACAAUCCAUUGAAUCUGAUUAGACCAUUAGCAUCACGCUAAAAAUAACCAAAGAGUUUUGAUAUUUUUCCUAUUAAAAACUUAACUCUUCUGUAGUUACAUUGUGUAAUAAGACCGACGGAAAAUUAAAAGUUGUGAUUUUCUAAACAGAUAUGGCUAGGAACUAUACUCUCAUUCUGGCAUAAUAAUCAAGGACUUUGCUGAUGUAACAUGGCUGCAGCAGGCGUAGUGAUAUUACGCACUGACCGAAAAUAGUCCCCUUGGUUACUUUUAAUAGCAGGGGACUAUUUUCGGUCAGUGCGUAAUAUUACUUGUAAUAUCGAAACUCUUUGGUUAU